CUUUAACAGCCUUCUCGCCGUGUUUGUUAUUUUCCCACCCUCUUUCCCGAAAAAAAUUAAUCUCAAAAUUUUCUCGGGAAAGCGAGGGUUUAUUACAAACACAGCUAUAUAGUGGAGCAGUAAUCAUGAGCUUUCGAGAUCUGGAAGCCAGACGGCCAUUGGUGUCGAGGCAAAACCUGAUCAACGGCAAGCAAGACGCCACGCAAGCAGUGGCCUCUGGCAUUUUCCAGAUCAACACAGCAGUCUCCACCUUUCAGCGGCUCGUCAACGCUCUCGGUACUCCUAAGGAUACGCCUGAGCUCCGAGAAAAGCUGCAUAAAACAAGGCUACAUAUUGGGCAAUUAGUGAAGGACACUUCGGCUAAACUUAAACAAGCUAGUGAAACAGAUCACAGUGCCGGAAUUAGUGCCAGCAAGAAGGUAGCAGAUGCUAAACUUGCAAAAGAUUUUCAAGCAGUUUUGAAAGAGUUUCAGAAGGCUCAACGACUUGCAGCUGAAAGGGAAACAUCAUACGCUCCAUCUGUUCCCAAGGCAGUUCUUCCUUCAAGUUACUCGGCUGAUGAGGUAGAUGUAGGUUCAGAUGGAGGGGCUGUACAGCAAGCCUUUCUUCUGGAAUCAAGAAGACAGAAGGUUUUGCUGUUGGAUAAUGAGAUCACAUUUAAUGAGGCUGUCAUUGAAGAAAGAGAACAAGGAAUUCAAGAAAUUCAGCAGCAAAUUGGUGAGGUGAAUGAGAUCUUCAAAGAUCUCGCAGUGCUAGUACAUGAGCAAGGAACUAUGAUUGAUGACAUUGGGACUCAUAUCGAGAAUUCACGGGCUGCCACUGUACAGGCUAAAUCCCAACUUGCGAAAGCUGCAAAGACUCAGAGAUCAAAUUCUUCCCUGACCUGCUUGCUUAUGGUGAUAUUUGGAAUCGUGAUUCUGAUUGUGGUCAUACUACUAGUAGUCUAAUCGGAAGCUAAAGAUCAUCUCAGCAACGAGACGGUGAUCUCUUCGCCUAUGUAUUUGAUUAUGUUGUUCUAUGAGAAAUGAUGGCCAACAGGAGUUCACUCCUAGUCUUAGUAUACUAUAUUGCGGGUAGCUGUAUCAUCCAUUAUCAUCAUGUGUUUGUUCUUUGGGAUGGCAGUGUGUCUCUUUUCUGAAAGUUGGUGUUUGGGUUUGUAGACUUUUUGUGUAUUUUACCCUUUUGUUUUACACUUCUUCUGAUAUUUACCGUGGUAAGAGUUUUAA